CUCUUGCCGUCACAGCGAGCGCAGGCGCCGCCGUUCCGCUCUGACCGCCGCUGCUCAGGCGGCCGCCGCGCUCCCCGUUCCCGCCCGGCCGCCGCCCGCGGCUCCCCCCUGCCGCCGCCAUGUACGACGCGGACGAAGAUAUGCAGUACGAUGAAGACGACGAUGAAAUCACCCCGGACCUGUGGCAAGAGGCGUGCUGGAUUGUGAUUAGCUCUUAUUUUGACGAAAAGGGUUUAGUCAGGCAACAGUUGGAUUCUUUUGAUGAGUUUAUUCAGAUGUCUGUGCAGAGAAUUGUUGAAGAUGCUCCACCAAUUGAUUUACAAGCUGAAGCCCAGCAUGCUACAGGAGAAGUGGAAGAACCGCCCCGCUAUCUCCUGAAGUUUGAACAAAUCUAUCUUUCCAAACCUACUCAUUGGGAAAGAGAUGGAGCACCAUCACCUAUGAUGCCCAAUGAGGCCAGACUGAGAAACCUUACGUAUUCAGCCCCCUUGUAUGUGGAUAUAACUAAAACAGUUAUUAAAGAAGGGGAAGAUCAGUUACAGACGCAACAUCAGAAAACUUUUAUAGGGAAAAUUCCUAUUAUGUUACGAUCAACAUACUGUUUGUUAAAUGGCUUAACUGACCGUGAUCUUUGUGAACUGAAUGAAUGCCCUCUUGAUCCUGGUGGCUACUUUAUCAUUAAUGGAUCAGAAAAGGUUCUGAUCGCUCAAGAAAAAAUGGCUACAAACACAGUAUAUGUGUUUGCAAAGAAAGAUUCAAAAUAUGCCUACACAGGAGAGUGUAGAUCUUGUCUGGAAAAUUCCUCUCGACCAACAAGUACUAUAUGGGUUAGCAUGCUAGCCAGAGGUGGGCAGGGUGCAAAGAAGAGUGCUAUUGGUCAGCGCAUUGUAGCAACUUUGCCAUAUAUCAAACAAGAAGUGCCCAUCAUAAUCGUCUUCCGUGCACUAGGGUUUGUGUCUGACAGGGAUAUUUUAGAGCACAUAAUUUAUGAUUUUGAAGAUCCAGAAAUGAUGGAAAUGGUCAAACCUUCUCUGGAUGAAGCUUUUGUCAUUCAGGAGCAAAACGUUGCUCUGAACUUCAUUGGAUCGAGAGGUGCAAAGCCAGGCGUCACCAAAGAAAAAAGAAUCAAGUAUGCUAAAGAAGUCUUGCAGAAAGAAAUGCUUCCGCAUGUUGGUGUCAGUGACUUCUGUGAAACCAAGAAGGCCUAUUUCCUGGGGUAUAUGGUUCAUCGAUUGUUGCUGGCAGCACUGGGAAGGAGGGAGCUUGAUGACAGAGAUCAUUAUGGCAACAAAAGACUGGAUCUUGCUGGGCCACUGUUAGCUUUCUUGUUCAGAGGAAUGUUUAAGAACUUGCUGAAGGAAGUGAGAAUAUAUGCACAAAAGUUUAUUGACAGAGGGAAAGAUUUCAACUUGGAACUGGCCAUUAAAACGAGAAUUAUUUCAGAUGGUUUGAAAUAUUCAUUGGCAACUGGAAACUGGGGUGAUCAGAAGAAAGCUCAUCAGGCCAGAGCAGGAGUAUCUCAGGUGUUAAACCGCCUGACUUUUGCAUCUACGCUUUCCCAUCUGAGACGCCUGAACUCUCCAAUUGGUAGAGAUGGUAAACUGGCAAAGCCCAGACAGUUGCACAAUACGCUGUGGGGAAUGGUUUGCCCUGCUGAGACUCCAGAGGGUCAUGCAGUAGGACUUGUCAAGAACUUAGCCCUUAUGGCUUACAUUUCUGUGGGGUCUCAGCCAUCUCCGAUUUUGGAAUUCUUGGAAGAGUGGAGUAUGGAAAACCUGGAAGAAAUAUCUCCAGCAGCAAUAGCCGAUGCUACUAAGAUCUUCGUUAAUGGCUGCUGGGUAGGAAUACACAAAGAUCCAGAGCAGCUCAUGAAUACGCUAAGGAAGCUCCGUCGUCAGAUGGAUAUCAUUGUAUCAGAGGUCUCAAUGAUUAGGGAUAUUCGUGAGCGAGAAAUCCGCAUUUAUACUGAUGCAGGCAGAAUUUGCCGACCCCUUUUAAUUGUGGAAAAACAGAAGUUGCUGUUGAAGAAAAGGCAUAUUGACCAACUGAAGGAACGAGAAUACAACAAUUACAGUUGGCAGGAUCUCGUGGCCAGUGGUGUAGUAGAGUACAUUGAUACACUGGAAGAAGAGACUGUGAUGCUGGCAAUGACUCCAGAUGAUUUGCAAGAAAAAGGCGUUGCAUAUUGUUCAACAUACACACACUGUGAGAUUCACCCAUCAAUGAUCCUGGGAGUAUGUGCAUCUAUCAUUCCUUUCCCUGAUCACAACCAGUCUCCUAGGAACACAUACCAGUCUGCUAUGGGUAAACAGGCUAUGGGAGUUUACAUUACAAACUUCCAUGUUCGUAUGGAUACGCUGGCACAUGUUCUGUAUUAUCCUCAGAAGCCCCUUGUAACAACACGCUCCAUGGAGUACUUGCGUUUUAGAGAGUUACCAGCAGGUAUCAAUUCAAUUGUAGCCAUUGCAUCGUACACAGGAUAUAACCAGGAAGACUCUGUCAUCAUGAACCGUUCUGCUGUUGAUAGAGGCUUUUUCAGAUCUGUGUUUUAUCGGUCCUACAAAGAGCAAGAGUCCAAAAAAGGAUAUGACCAAGAGGAAGUUUUUGAGAAGCCUACACGUGAAACUUGCCAAGGUAUGAGACAUGCAAUCUAUGACAAACUCGAUGAUGAUGGCUUAAUAGCACCUGGGGUGCGUGUGUCUGGGGAUGAUGUCAUCAUUGGCAAAACAGUAACGCUACCAGAAAACGAAGAUGAACUGGAAAGCACUAACAGACGCUUCACAAAGAGAGACUGUAGCACUUUUCUGCGAACUAGUGAGACUGGUAUUGUAGAUCAGGUCAUGGUAACGCUUAACCAGGAAGGAUACAAGUUCUGCAAGAUUAGGGUACGUUCUGUAAGAAUCCCACUAGGAGAUAAAUUUGCCAGCAGGCAUGGUCAGAAAGGAACCUGUGGUAUCCAGUACCGGCAAGAGGAUAUGCCCUUCACUUGUGAAGGCAUCACACCUGAUAUAAUUAUCAACCCCCAUGCCAUCCCUUCCCGGAUGACCAUUGGUCACUUGAUUGAAUGUCUUCAGGGGAAGGUGUCGGCAAACAAGGGAGAAAUUGGUGAUGCUACACCAUUUAAUGAUGCUGUCAACGUGCAGAAGAUUUCCAAUCUUUUAUCAGAUUAUGGUUAUCAUCUAAGAGGAAAUGAGGUCCUCUACAAUGGCUUCACUGGUCGAAAAAUCACAUCACAGAUCUUUAUUGGUCCGACAUAUUAUCAGCGGUUGAAGCACAUGGUAGAUGACAAAAUCCAUUCUCGUGCAAGAGGGCCAAUCCAGAUACUUAACAGACAGCCCAUGGAAGGCAGAUCUCGUGAUGGUGGCCUUCGUUUUGGAGAAAUGGAACGAGAUUGCCAAAUUGCUCAUGGAGCAGCCCAGUUCUUGAGAGAGAGAUUGUUUGAAGCUUCCGACCCGUAUCAAGUCCAUGUAUGUAACCUCUGUGGGAUUAUGGCAAUCGCAAACACCAGGACUCACACCUAUGAAUGCCGGGGAUGCCGCAAUAAAACGCAGAUAUCUUUGGUUCGAAUGCCCUACGCCUGCAAACUCCUCUUCCAAGAACUGAUGUCUAUGAGUAUUGCACCUCGUAUGAUGAGUGUUUAGCCUUUAAAAGUUUUUUUUGUCAUUUUUUCAAAAAAUGUGAGACUGAAAUGUUUAGGUUUUGUUUCAUUUGGUUUUAGGUCGCAUUUAAAAUAGUUUUACUCAUCUGCCACGUGCUGUUCAAAAUCAUGUUUAUUUCCUGUAAAUAGAAUUAAAGUUUGUA